AUGACUCCUUGUGACCUGUUACGUGCUUCUUUUCUUUCCCACUGCAGCCUAGACAUCUACAUGCCACCAGAACUGCCACUGCCACUUGACAACAAUGCAGCAGAAAGCAGCAGCAGCGGCAGCAGCAGCAGCAGCGGCAGCUGUCAUAAAGGAAGCAAGGGGCGGCCGGUCUUGUUUUUUGUGCACGGAGGAGUUUGGUCGAGUGGCGAGAAGUGGAUGUAUUCUCCGCUCGCGAUCCGAUUUGCCCAAUCCGGGGCGGUGGUGGUUACCAUUCAGUACACUCUCUACCCCGAGGCCCUGGCCAUAGAUCAAGUGCAGGAAACGUCCAGGGCCCUCUCAUGGGCAAUGGACCACAUUCACGAGUAUGGGGGCCACCCCUCACGCAUAUUCCUGACAGGCCACUCCUCAGGCGCCCAUUUAGCAGCAGUCAGCGUUGCAGCUGCUGCCUCCCUCAGGCCCUCCCUCUCUGCCGCCCUCAAAUCCGCGUCACCCCGCUCAAUUGCCACGUCAGCUGGUCCCAACGCCACGUCAGAGGGUCCAAACGCCACGUCAACAGGUGCUCCCCGUCCAGUGAAAUUCCCCGCUAACUCUGAGAAAUCAAUCUCCCACCGCCAACCAGCUGCUGCCAAGUCAUCCUCUCUACAGCCCUUGUCAGCGGGAGCAGAAUUUGCACCAGGAGCAGCAGGAGCAGCAAGCGUAAGGGAUCAAAGUGGUGCAACCAUAACAGCAAGCAGGACACUGCUCGCUGCUGCGGAUGCUUCCACUGAUUCUGGGCGGGGGAAAAGCACAACCUCAGUUGCAUAUGCAGUGAACAGAGCGACGUCAAAAGAAGCAGCGAAGCAGGCCCUUCGAUCCCACCUCCUCAGCUCGUCAGCUUUCAAGCAACGGGCAGAUGCCACACCAACUGAUGCCACGCCGGCUGCUGCUGCCAUGCCGCCUCAAGCGCCAUUUCAAGAAAGGGAGGGGGGAGAGGGUGGAUCGUCGGGGAUCAAGGAUGGGGAGGAAGGGGAGGAGGUGGCGGGGCAGGUGUUAUCCAGUGGAGGUGCUUCUGAUGAGAUGGCUUGCGUGAGAGAUAGCCUUGAUAUUGUCACGGGGCGAGUGUCGUUGGAAGACAUGGCGUGGCACGAGCCCAUUUCUUUGCCAAACGUCUCUGGGUGUAUCCUGGUCAAGGUGAUUCUUUACUGCAAAUAUCACGUGGAUGCGAAGAAGCCUGGCACGGCGGAGAAGCCUGCAGUGACGGACGACGAGGUGAAGGCGUGGGAUGAAGAGUUCGUGAAAGUCGAUACAAAAACUCUCUUUGGCCUGGUAUUGGCUGCGAAAUAUCUGGACAUCAAAGGUCUGCUGAAUCUUACAUGCGAGACUGUUGCUGGCAUGAUCCGAGGAAAGACGCCGGAGGAGAUCCGCAGGAUGUUCAACAUAGAUAACCCGUUCACUCCAGAAGAAGAGGAAGAAUUGCGACGCGUGCAGGAGGCAAACGAGUGGUCGUUUGAGAAUGAACAAGGUGCAGACAAGGUGCAGUUUAAGAAUGCUCUUUGGGGCUUAAGUAUGUCUUCUCCAUAA